UAUAUCCAGAUAAAUAAGAUUAUGGAUGGAUUCGAAAAAUCAUACCAACUGAAAAUAGUUGGGAAAAGAGAUGUCAAAUUCAAAUAAAUAACUAAAUAAGAUUAUGGAUAGAUACACAAAAUAUAUUAACUGAAAAAUAGUAGAGAUAAAAGAUGUUUAAGAUAUCGUAGGAUACCUCUCCUAUAUAUAUGUGUGUAUCAUGAUAAUCCAGCCGAAGAAAAAAAAAACUGGGAGGAAGGGCAUAUCAUAUGAAGAUGGCAGGGAAAAUGCUUCUUCAAGCCCUCCUCUUGCUCUUAUUUCUCUUUGUGCUUGGUAUUCCUUGCUUUUCUCUGCCUCUAUCAAUAAAUGGGAGAUGGAUAGUUGAUGCGAAGACAGGGCAGCGGGUGAAGCUAGCUUGUGGCAAUUGGCCUUCCCAUGUGGAGAUCAUGUUGGCUGAGGGUCUUGACAAGCAGCCUUUGCAAUAUAUCAUAGCCCAACUGAGACAACAUCAUUUCAAUUGUGUUCGAUUCACUUGGGCAACUCACAUGUUCACACGCUACGCUAACCGUACUGUGAUGGAAUCUCUUGAUUCUUUUAACCUGACAGAUGCUAAAGCAGGAAUAGCCAAGAACAACCCUUUUGUAUUGAAACUGACCCUUGUUCAAGCCUUUGAAGCUGUGAUUGAUCAUUUUGGGGCACAGGGUGUAAUGGUGGUGCUUGAUAACCAGGUCAGUAGACCAACCUGGUGUUGUGGAUAUGACGAUGGUAAUGGUUUCUUCGGUGACGCAGAUUUUGAUGCUGACGAGUGGCUGCAAGGUUUAGCUAUGGUAGCUGGGCGCUUUAAAGGCAAAUCUCAGGUCAUAGGAAUAAGCACUCGAAACGAGUUGCGAGGUCCUCUUGCAAAUGAGGAUGACUGGUACAAAUACAUCUAUCAAGGAGGAGCAACCAUUCACAAGGCAAAUCCUGAUGUUCUAAUAUUUGCUUCAGGGUUGGCUUAUGCUAGUGACCUCACUUUCUUGAAGAAAAAGCAUUUGCAGACUAACUUUGAUAACAAGUUAUUGUAUGAGGCACAUUGGUACGCUUUCAGUUGGGGGGAAGGCAAAGUGUGGGGGAUGGAAUUUGUGAAUAAGGCUUGUCAAAGCAAAACUCAAUACUUUAUUAACCAAACUGGUUUUGUUGUUAAUGGUGACAAUCCAUUUCCUAUGUUUGUGGGUGAAUUUGGUCUAGAUCAAAGAGGUUUGAGCCGUGCUGAUGAACACUUCUAUGCAUGCUUUUUGGCCUAUGCUGCUGAUGAAGACUUGGAUUGGGGUGUCUGGGCAUGGCAAGGAAGCUAUUAUUACCGCGAGAAUAAAACCGGAACAGAGGAGACAUAUGGAGUCAUGGAUUUCAAUUGGAACCGUGUUAGAAAUAAAGAAUUCCAGAAUAGGAUGCAACUUAUUAAGAGCAAGCUUCAAGACCCGAGUUCAAGAAUUUCCACAUCCUUCAUAAUGUUUCAUCCACUAAGUGGCAGCUGCAUCAAUACAGAAGAUAGAAAGGGAAUAUAUGCUACCGGUUGCAAAGCUCCUAGUCAUUGGAUUCAUGAGGGAGAUAGGACUCCGAUCAGGUUGAGAGGCACAAAACUAUGCCUUAAAGCUGUUGGUGAUGGACUUGAACCAAUUCUUUCUGAGGACUGCUCAAGCAAGCAAAGUUCUUGGACAUCUCUAUCAGAGAGUAAGCUUCACUUGGCUGCCAUUGAUGAGAACGGAGAAUAUCUGUGCUUGCAAAAGGAAUCCCGCUACACCACCAGGAUACUAACUAGCAGUUGUGUUUUCAUACAUGAAGAACCAGAGUGCCAGAAGGAUCCUCAGAAAGACCCAGUAACUCAAUGGUUUAAACUCGUCAAGACAAAUGUACUGUAGUUGACAUUAGUAAUUAAUUAAGGUUAAAAAUAAUUUAGUUAGAUAGUUGUUUUGAAUUUCUGUUUCUUUAUUUAGAACUACUUGUCUGAUGGCAUUUCUUUAAACAAGUGCUCCUUUAAUAUCUUGGGAUUGAGCUUUAUUGCUUUCUUGGGAAUUCGGCCAACAACAAGACCUCCAAAAAAAUUAGAGAGAUCUCUAAUUUGAAAAGCUUGCCUUUAUUUAUUUAUUUUGGAAGACAAGUCUUCUAGUUCAGGGCAACAGCAUAUCAAUGUUGCCUUUAUUAA